GCAGAAGUCGAUUGAGGAGCUUCUUGUGGAAGAGAGGCGUUUGGUUGGCUGUAAUAGCACUUUGAUCGUGAAAAAUUAAUCAUCAUGCAUCGUUUGACUAUUUGUCUCCUCGUGGGUAUUUUCGUUCUUGCAACAAUUUGGUCUGCGGAAGGGUUGUCGUGCCUGCGCUGUGCAGAGUACGAUUGCCAGCCUCUCCCCCCCAGUACCUGCCAGUGGGGCGUCGGCAAGGACCCUUGUGGCUGCUGCGAUGUCUGCCUCAAGGGUCCAGGUGAGGUAUGUGGAGGCCCAUGGAACACCAGCGGCUGGUGUGGUGAGGGCCUGACUUGCAUUGAGGAAAAACCAGACGAUUUCAACUCAGUUGGAGUCUGCAAGAAAAAAACGUAAUGAAGAAGAUCAAGGAAACUCCGCUCCUGGGAGUCGCGAUUGGAUAGUCAAGAUUUUAGUGCGUGGAGGUACGGAACUGAAAAGACGUGAAUACUUCAAUAACAUAAACUUUUGUCUUUCAUUUAUUUCUUGCCACACAUCAACAAUAUAACAAUGGCGCACAAAUUUGAAUUUUUUAUUCAAAAUGUUUAUUUGAAGUGGUAAUUCGACACAUGCAAUGUAUGUUCACUAUCUUAAUAUGAAAAUCAGUGUAUAUUGUUAUAGAUAUAUCAGAAUAUAUUUGUCUACAGCAAAAAUAAUUUUUGUUUGAUACUAUAAAACUUUAAGGCUUCAAAAUAUAUGCGCUCUGAACCGUU